CGACACCGUUUUAGUUCGGUGCAGUUACUGAACAACUUUUUUCAGUGCGGUAACCACAUUUUCGGUACAAAGCGCCCACCCAAUUACACAGGUGAGAAAAGGACACGUGAAACUCACGUGCGUGGACCCAAACUCGCAAGCUCAUUGCCUCCAAAUUCAAAGCGGCCGGAGAACUUUCCAUUGGUUUCCACAUCAUUGUCGUCCCCAAAAUUCAAAACCCUCUAACGUCUCGCAGAUGCCCUCACUGACGAGGUCUCAAUUUUCCGAUUCCGGUGCCGUAAUGGACUUAGACGUCGACAUUUCGCGGUGGGUCCUGGAGUUUCUCCUCCGUGACCGCCACAACGAGACCAUCGCCAAGCGACUCCUUGCCGUCGCGCCGCUCCCGAACCGCCACGACUGGCGGUUGAAGAAGACGGUCCUCCUCCGAACAAUCGAGUCCGCAAUCUAUGACGACGCUUCAGUCACCGAAGCGAUCCUCGAAGCCCUGGAGUCCAUCGAGGCUUUGGACCGCGGCCAAGGGUUUCAGACCACGGAGGCCAUGAGGGCGGCGUACUGCGCCGUCGCGACGGAGUGCACGGUCAAGUUCUUGGUUUGCUUCGGACGGAAGUACAUUGAGGCUGUGGACCGGAUUUGGAGAGGUAGGGUUAGGGUUUUGGAGGAGAGUGAGGGGAGCGAGCUGGUUUCGGCGGAGUUGAAAGAGAGAAGAUAUGAGGUGGAGGCUGCGAUUUGGGAUAGGAAUGUGUCGAAAAAGCUAGCGAGGAUGAAUACUAGAAAUGAUGCGUUGAGAUUGGUUGGGGAGUAUGUGGAGGAAGCUUGGGCAGUGAUUGGUCCUCCUUUUCUUAAUUGGGCCGUUAGAUUUCAUAUGGUUAAGGAAAGUUUAGGUGAGGGUGAUGGUAAUGUAGAUGAUGGGUGUGGAAAGGAGGUUGGAAUGGUGAAUGGGAAUGAACUGGAGGUGCAGGUAGCAAAUGGGGCUGAUUUGGGUGAUGGUUCCAAAUUGGAGGUCAAUGAGGCUAAUGAGGGUGAUGGGUCUAAACCGGAGGUGCAAAUAGAGAGUGAUACUAAGGUUGGUCAUGGGUCUGAAUUGGUAAUUUGGACUGGGGUGGAGGUGCCAUUGACAAAAGGGGCUGAUUUGGGUGUUGGGAAAGAGUUGAAUGGGCAAAGGGAAAAUGGGGCUAAUGUUAGUGAUGGGUCUGGAGUAAAGGCGCGAAGGGUGAAUGGUGCUAAUGUUGGUGGUGAUAGGUCUAAAUGGGAGGCGCGGCGAGUGGAAAAUGAUACUAAUGUGGGUGAUGUGACUGUGGCUUUUUCCAAGUUUGGGUCUCUGUUGGGUUACCAUUCUAUGGACGGUGUUUUGCGGGUAGUGGGGGAAGGGAGGUCACCGCUUAAUGUGAACUGUGGUGUCCUCAGUUUUGAACCUGCAAGAAAAGAGAAAGAAAUUCCGAGGAACAGGGCACUUAGGCACAACCAUGGACCACUUAAGAUUAGAGAUGCUGAAUAUGUCGGCACGGAUGCAUCAGAUGGCAUACAUAAUUACGUAUCCAGCACUGAAGUUAGAAAAGUGCAAGAACAACUUAAGUCCGGUGUUAUGGCUGUACAAUCUGUAGUGACAGACCCACUACCUUAUAAUUUGCGCAUGCCGGAAAUUGUAAGAUCUGAGGUGGAAGUCAAUCAUGUAAAUGGAGAAGAUGGUACAGAAAAUCCAUCUGUUGAAAAGACCACUGGGCCUGAUCAUUCUAAUAGUGAUACUAAUGGAAAUCCGACCUCCAGUGAUCAGAACGAUGUGCCCCAAGCUCCUGGAAAAGAAAAUGAUGCAUCCAACCUGUCCGUUGAGAAGGGAAAGGGCACACAGUAUGUUCGAAGUGGUGAUGCCAACCGUGCAGAUCUGUGUUGCAGUAAUCAGAAUAGUGGUCCUCGACCUGGGUUGAUGGAACGUAAUAGUACUGCCCAUACUUACAAGUGGGAUGACUGGCUAGGUAUGUCACCUGAGGGAACAAGUAAUGGUAAGGGCACGCUUCAUUUACCUACAUUUAAACGGAAUGCUAUUUCUCCACUGAAAAAGUAUGAGGAUAAAAGAUUUGCUAAGAGAAGAAAAGUAAAGAGAUGGAGCGUACAUGAAGAAGACACAUUAAGGGCUGGUGUGCAAGAGUAUGGUAAAGGAAAUUGGAAGCUUAUCUUAGAUGCAUACCGAGAUGUAUUUGAAGAAAGAACUGAGGUUGAUUUAAAGGACAAGUGGAGAAACAUGUCGAAGUGGAGGCACUGUGACUAGUCUGCUAAUCAGUGGGUUUUGUUCAUAUGUAUGAUAACUCGUGGAGAGCUGUAUUUUGUAGUGCUCUCUACAGGAGUAGGAUUUUUUCAGUAGUAUCUGUAUGUUUUGCUACGGAAGGAUGUAUGUAUAGAUCGACAAACUGCUCCUAAUUUAAGAAUAUAAUGAAAUUAUCCUACUAGUUAUAGCUUUA